AUGCUUGGAACUUGGGUGUUAUCGCUGGGAGUGAUCUGCCUGCUACAGUGUACCGUAUCUGGUGAGCCACGGCCCGAUUUCGCACUCCAAGCCACACUGUUCGGCACGGGACGUGUCACGGGAGCGAUCGGUGAAACUCAGCUGACCGUUGCGGAUAUCCAAGCCAACCUGCAAUUAACACUCACCUCCAACUAUCCGGGACUAUUGGAUCUGCUGCAACUCACGCAGGAAGUCGGUGGAACGGUCACCGAGCUGUUGGAAGAUGUAUUAAGCCCACUGGCAUCGCUUGCACCCUCGAGUGCCGCUGCCGAUGUGAACCUUUUCGAUGCCGUGCUUGGCGAAAUAGUGACGUUCCGUAGUUUCUUGAGUACACGGCUAAAUGCGAUCAACUCGCAGAUGGGUUCGAUAGUUAGGAGUGGCGCCCUACCGACGCAGUUUGCUGAGUCUUUGGGUCGUGUCGGUAGCGGUCUACAGCAGUUGACCAGGGCCCUGCAAGCCCUUCAAAGCGCCGUAACAGCGGUUCUCGGUCUGAGCGAGCCGGACGUGUGCUCUCCAACGACCAUUCGACCAAAGCUGGUGUACCAGGUAGUGUAUGCGGUGCGUACUUUGCGGGCUUACCUCCCGCUGGUGACGUACACGCUCACUACAACGGUGGAAAAUAUUGCGCUAGCCGAUCAAUUCGUAGUGCGCCUAACGCAGGAAUCCCAAAACGUGCAGGAACCAUUGCAAUACGUAAAUCUGAUAACAGCUGCAACCAGCUCCCUUAACACUGCCGUGUACAACGCCGUUGGCACUGUUGUUACCCGAUUUAACACCGUCCAGAGCGAAGUGUCAUCAUUUAACAACCUGGCCUCGUUGAUGUCAUACGGAAAGGUGGUACAAGUGAUGUCCUCCUUCAGCAGCACGCUGUCACAGCUGAACUCGCUCGGGCCAGCGUUGGCCGCAUCGCUGGCCGACAUUGCCCAGCAGUUGGGCAAUGUGCUGGUACCAAAUGGAAGCACACCGACGGUGAACAACUCGGAUGUAGUAGCCACCCUGGUGCGCACCCUUAUUGCCAGCGGUCCGUACGCACGGUACUGCUUCUACAAAUACGAGGAGCUAGUGUUUGGACUCGCCAACACCGGUCUGCUAGGCGUGGAAUCUUGCGUUAGCAAGGAGGUGAUGCGACUUCAGCAACUGCGCACAACAUUGCUUGCAAUGGUUCCGCUACUGUUGUUCGAUCUGGCUGACUUUACCUCCGAGCUGGGUGUGUGCGAUUCUACGCCAAACGCGACUGCGCGUAAUGACUGCGUCGAUAUGGUCGCUGAUUAUUACGUUGUAGUAGCAAAUAACUUCCGAACCACGUUAUUAAACCUGUUCUCUACCGCGUCGGCGGAGGCCAGUGCUAGUAAAAAUCGGUUACUGGCCUGUGUGCGAGUGUUGCAGUACCAGAUUGUGGACGGUGCAGCACAAUCCUUGAAGACCGAUAUUGAGCGCUGUGCUCAGAAUGGACCGUGA